AUGAAGAGAAUCGUGGAGGACCAACAGCGUCACGCCUUGGACCUAUCAAAUACAAUCGAAGAACAAAGGAAAAUUGCGAGAAAUCAACUUUCAGACGAUCAAUUGUUCGAUGUUGAAACUGAAAUAUCAGACAAAACAGAAAGAGAGAAAAAAACUGUUAAAGAGAGACAUGAAAAGAAGCUGUCAAUCCUAUUAAAGGAAAGUGAGGUGCUUUCACAACCACUUCAAAGUAAUGAAUCUGAAUCAUCAGAAUCAAACAAAUCAGGCAGGGCACGUCGUAGAAAGAGUAAUAACAAGAAACCAAAACCAGCACCACGUAACUCAAGAAAAAAUGAUCCGAAGCCGCCCUCAGAUAGAAAUACUGAAGAAUCGUCUUCAGCUGAGAAGAAAUCUUCACCAAAAACUACGGAAGCGGCAACUCCAGAACCUACGACAGAUAGAAAUUCAAAAAACGUAAGAGCCCCGGGCACAAAAGCAACUUAUGCAGAGGCCACACGGAACGGGGCGACAAUAGCCCAGAAUCAGCUGAAUCAAACGCUACAAAACCUAACGAAACUGCUCAAAAUAGUUGUCGAAAGGCAAACCGACGUUUCGUCAGGGCCAAAAAUAAGAACGCAUGGAGGAGAAUCAAGAAGAGGAAAACGGCCAUUCAAAGAGGCAAGGCGACGGUAA